GCUCCACGUCGUCUUCGCCCAGCAAGAUUGGCCGAGUCGCCUCACGUGACUUCGGCUAGCGGUAGCGGUUGCCCGGGUGACGGCCGGCGAGCUGGCGGUCUGGAGGAGUGAGCGCAGAGCCCUGCAGCAGAGGUUUCUGCUGUGAGAAUUCCCAGUAACCGUUCACCAUGGGGGAUAUCCUGGCUCAUGAGUCUGAAUUACUUGGAUUAGUGAAAGAGUAUUUAGAUUUUGCUGAAUUUGAAGACACCUUGAAGACAUUUUCAAAAGAAUGCAAAGUAAAAGGAAAGCCACUGUGUAAAAAUGUCGGUGGGCCAUUAAAGAAGGACUCCAAGUCGCUCGUAAUCCAGAGGGAUUUGGUGGCAGCGUUUGACAGUGGAGACCAGAAGGCGUUCUUUGACUUGUGGGAGGGGCACAUUCCCAGCUCCGUCAGAGACACUGACUCCCUGGCCCAGAAGCUGGAGUUCUACCUUCACAUCCACUUUGCCAUCUACCUUCUCAAGUACUGCAGAGGCAGGCCGGACAAACAAGAGCUAGAUAAAAGGAUUUCUUAUUUCAAAACCUACCUGGAGACAAAAGGGGCAGCGCUGAGCCAGACUACGGAGUUUCUGCCCUUCUAUGCCCUCCCCUUCGUGCCCAAUCCGAUGGUCCACCCCUCAUUUAAAGAACUCUUCCAGGAUUCUUGGACUCCAGAAUUAAAGCUGAAGCUGGAAAAGUUUUUAGCUUUAACUUUUAAAGCCAAUAACACACCAAAGCUUUUAACCAUAUAUAAGGAGAAUGGACCUAAUAGCAAAGAACUGCUGCAGCAGCUUCACCAGCAGCUGGUGGAGGCUGAGCGCCGGGCCAUGACCUACCUGAAGCGGUACAAUAAGAUCCAAGCCGACUACCACAACCUCAUCGGUGUCACAGCUGAGCUGGUGGACUCUCUGGAGGCCACAGUCAGCGGCAAGAUGAUCACCCCCGAGUACCUGCAGAGUGUCUGUGUCCGCCUCUUCAGUAACCAGAUGCGGCAGAGCCUGGCACACAGCGUGGACUUCACGAGGCCUGGGACGGCCUCAACCAUGUUGCGAGCCUCCUUGGCACCUGAGAAGCUGAAGGAUGUCCCGCUACUGCCCUCCCUGGAUUAUGAGAAGCUGAAGAAGGAUUUGAUCUGGGGGAGUGACCGCUUGAAAGCCUUCUUGUUGCAGGCUCUGCGCUGGCGCUUGACCACAUCCCAUCCGGGGGAGCAGAGGGAGACAGUCCUGCAAGCCUACAUCAGCAAUGACCUCUUGGAUUGCCACAGCCAUAACCAGAGGAGUGUGCUGCAGCUGCUGCACUCCAAGAGCGAGGCUGUGCGGCAGUACAUGGCCAGGCUCAUCAAUGCCCUGGCGUCACUGGCUGAAGGUCGCCUGUACCUGGCCCAGAACACAAAGGUGCUGCGGAUGCUGGAGGGAAGGCUCAAGGAGGAAGACAAGGAUGUCAUCACUCGUGAGAAUGUCCUCGGGGCCUUGCAGAAGUUCAGCCUCAGGCGGCCACUGCAGACAGCGAUGAUUCGAGAUGGCCUCAUCUUCUGGCUGAUCGACCUACUGAAGGACCCUGACUGCCUGUCUGACUACACAUUGGAGUACUCCGUGGCUUUGCUCAUGAACCUCUGCCUCCGCAGUGCAGGAAAGAACAUGUGUGCUAAGGUGGCAGGGCUCAUGCUGAAAGUUCUUUCGGAUCUCCUUGGACACGAAAACCAUGAGAUCCAGCCGUAUGUGAAUGGAGCCCUGUACAGCAUCCUCUCCAUCCCGUCCAUUCGAGAGGAGGCCAGAGCCAUGGGAAUGGAGGAUAUCCUGCGAUGCUUCAUCAAAGAAGGCAACGCUGAAAUGAUCCGCCAGAUAGAGUUUAUCAUCAAGCAGCUGAAUUCUGAAGAUUUACUCGAUGGUGUUCUUGAAUCCGACGAUGAUGAAGAUGAAGAUGAUGAAACAGGAUCUCAUGGUGUCCAGGCUGGCCUUGAACUUUGUAAUUACCUGAAGGUGACUUUGAACUGUCAUUUCUUUGCCUUCUGCCUCCUAGCUGCUGAGUCUGCAGCUGUGUGUCAUUGUGUCCCUUUAUGUUUUGAUCUUGUACAAAUUUCCUUCUUUUUUUAAAGAAUUUUGGGGGGCUUUUAUAUUUCUUAAGACAGCUCUGUAAUUUGUGUUUUUUAGAAUUUUUUUCCAUUCCAUCCUAAAUUAUGUAAUUGGCUCAGAUGUUGUUGCUCCUAUCAUUUCCUGUGACCUUUUUUGUUUCUGUAGGUUCUGUAGUGAUGUCCCAUUAGAUAAUGUGAGGCAUCUCUCUUCUUGGUGUGUCAUGCUAAUGGCUUCAUCAGUCUUGUUCAUCUAUUCUGAGAGCCAGUUUUUUUGUUUUGUUAGUUUUCUCCAUUGUGUUUCCAUUUUCUCUAUCUCUUUCUGAUUUUAAUUUCCUUCCUUCUGCUAGCAUUGACUUGAUAUACUUUCUUGUUUUCUGGUUCCUACAGUAUAAAGUUUCAUGGACUUGGGGUCUUUAUAUCUGAACAGUUACAGCUGUGUUUCCCUCUGAGCACAGCAUCUACAGUGGUUUGGUGUAUUUGUCUCUUAAGAAUUUUCUAGUUUUAUUUGUGAUUCCUUCUUUGACCCAUUGAUUAUUUAAGAAUAUUUUUGAUAAAGCCCAUCCUAAGAAUUGGACCUAGUUCAGGGAAUUAGCUCCUGGGGACCUGCCAUCCAGGGUGUGGUGCCCUCUUCCUCACCUGUCUGUCUGUUCUCUGUGUGUCCUGAACCUCCUGAGUCAUACGCACACCAUGCACACCCUACUGUGACAUUACUGCCCUUUAGGCCCAAACUAAAGGAGCCACUUGACCAUGGCUUGAAAACUCAGAGCCAGAAAAAAGCUUGGCUCUUUUAGCCUUACUCUCUCAGUUAUUUGUCACAGACAAAAGUAAGGACAGGUCUGUGUGUCAUUGUCUCCCUCCCCACUGUCUGUGGUAUCACCUGUCCCUGCUGUUGUACCUUCUGUGCAAAUGUCAGAAGUCUGAUUGUUCCCAGAUUCACCAUGAGCGUCAACAGAUGCAGGCAGAACGUUAAAUAUUCCACUCGAGUUUUGUUGCCAAGUGUUGAGGAGCACAGAUGAUCCUGAGGAAGACCACAGAUGAUCAGUCAGCCUCUGUUGACCCUCUGUAUCUCCAGAGUGACCUGGGCACACAUCUUUUUUUCUGUUGACUGUUGAUUCCAAUGCUGUUUGCAGCUCUGUCCUGGGUUCAGAGGCCUCUGUCUCCUUUUCCCCCAUCAGUGCAGUGCAGUGCAGUGGGGUCACCACACAAGGUGUGUGUGUCUUUUAAAGAGUUUAGCACAUUUUGUUUCGAUCCUUUCUUUUUAAAAUCUGAAUAAUGGUUUUCCAAAUUAUUUUUUGUAAAGAUUUAUUUAUUAUUAUACAUAAGUACAAUGUAGUUGUCUUCAGACGCACCAGAAGAAGAUAUCAGAUCUCAUUAUGAGUGGUUGUGAGCCACCAUGUGGUUGCUGGGAUUUGAACUCAGGACCUUCUGAAGAGCAGUCGGUGCUCUUACCCAUUGAGCCAUCUCACCAGCCCCUAAAUUAUUUUCUAACUUAAAUGAUAUUGUAGUUCUGUUCAAACAUUUUCUGAUGCCGACGGUUAUAAUAGAAAUCUGGGAAAGAGGCCAGAACAUAUGGUGGUGUUCAUCUUUAAUUCUAGUACUCAGAAGGCAGAGGCCAGCAGACCUCUGUGAACUUGAGACCAGCCUAGCCUACACAGUGAGUGCCAGGCCAUCCAGAGCUAUACAGAGAGACCCUGUCUCCAAAUAAAUAAAUAAUAAAUAGGCCGGGUGUGGUGGCGCACGCCUUUAAUCCCAGCACUUGGGAGGCAGAGGUAGGCAGAUUUCUGAGUUCGAGGCCAGCCUGGUCUACAUAGAGAAACCCUGUCUCGAAAAACCAAAAAAAAAAAAAAAAAAAAAUUGAAAAAUUAAAAAAAUAAAAUAAAAUAAAACUAGGGAAAGGUAGCAUUCAUUAUAUUUUCAGGGAUCUCUAGGGGUGUAUGCAAGUAUGUACAUGUUGGGGGAUGUGGGUAGGGGUGCAUGUGUGUGUGGGGGGUAUAUAUGUAUGUGUAGUUGUGUAUAUGUAUGUAGAGGAGUAUGUAGGUAUGUGUGUAGGUUUGUAGGUGUGUAUGGGGGUCUGUAUAUGUGUGUAGGUGUGUGUAGGUGUCAGUAUAUGUGUAUAAAUAGAAGGGGGGGUGAGGUGAGGUGUGUACAUGUGUGGUAGGGAUUGUGUAGGCAUGUGUACAGGUGUGUAUGUGUGUUUAGGUGUGUGUAGGUGUGUGUGUGUGUAGAGGUGUAGAUAGGUGUGUAUGUGUGUAGAUGUAUACAUGUGUGUAGGUAUGUGUACAGGUGUAUACUUGUGUAUGCACAUGUGCCUGGCUAUGUAAGUGUACAGGUGUAUAUGUAUAUGUGUAGGUGUGUGUGUGUGCACAUAUAAAAUAAGAUCACACUGAAACGUGGGACACACCUGACUAGGUGAGGCUGAUGAUCAGUGACCUUUAUGGGAUUCCCCCGCCUCCAUAUUCCCGGUGCUGAGAUUACGAGCGUGUUCCACCACACCUGACUGUGCUGUGUGAGCUCUGAGGGUUGAGCUUGUGCCCUUACACUUGCGCAGUAGACACUUGACUAAGCUAUCUCUCCUACCCAUAAUUUCCAUUGAAAUUAUUUUUAGAUUUAUUUAUUUUAUGUGCAUAAAUGUUUUGCCUGCAUGUGUGUAUGUGCAUCACAUGCAUACCCAAUAUCCCAGGAGUUCAGAAGAAGGUUCAGAUCCCCUGCGAGUGGAAUUCUGGGUGGUUGUGAGCCACCCAGAUGGUAUACUGACAACCGAACCCUGAACUCUGAAUCCUGAGCUCGGGUUGUCUGCAAGAGCAACAGUGCUCUUAAGAGCAGUCAGUGCUCUUACCUGUUGAGCCAUCUUUCCAGCCAUGCCAUAUUUUCCAUUUUUAUUUUACAGCUAAUUUAUUUAGAUAAAUUCCCUCCUAUAAAUCAGCACCUCCACCCCAAUUCCAUACUCCUAAAAGCUUGGGAAUUUGAACAAAUCAAUGUUAAAUCUGUGAUGUGUGCCUGGGUGUUGCAUCCUAAUCAUACAGGGCACCUCCAUUGUUUGAAGGUCUUGUAUUCUGUCCUUCAAGUUCCAGUCCUUAAACACCCGGUUCAGCGGGGUGUUGUGCAUACCUUUAAUCCCUGCACUCCGAAGGCAGAGGCGAAGAAUCUCUGUGGUCUACAAAGCUAGUCCAGGACAGCCAGGGCUAGUUACACUGAGAAACCCUGUCUCAAAAGACAAAAUCAAUCAAUCAGUCAAUCAAUAAAUCAAUAAAUAAAUCUCCACCCAGUCCAUGUGACUGUGUCACUGCUGACUCACUUCUUUCAUGCUUCAAAACCAAACAUGAAUAAAUUCAGAUGUGUCAUUUAAGUAUAAUGGCCAAAUUAAUUGUAUUAGCGUUAUAACUUGCCCAGUGAAGUUAAAUCGGAAUUAAAUACACAGAACCUAGAAAGCCUCAAGCUGGCAAGAUGGCUCAGCUGGUAAAAGUACUUAUGGUACAAGCCCAAGAUGGGGCUAAGUGAGAUAAAAAAAGUAAGUCAAAGAUGCACAAACAAUUGAAACUAAGGCCGAGCUUGCAAGAAGGCACAGUGAGUCAAGGCGUUUGUCUACAAGCCUGUGACCUGAAUUUAAUCUUCAGAAGCCACGGAAAGGGUGGAAGAAGGGAACUCUACAAAGUUGUCUCUUACCUCCACAAUGCACUUCAUGGUAUUGUGUGCCUACACACACACCACUACCAACAACAAUAAUAAUGCUGGUUAAUUUUAUUUAAAGAUGGCUGUCAAGAUGGCUCACCAGAUAAAAGCCCUUGCCUCACACAGCCUGGUGGCUGGGUUUUGAUCCCGAGUUCAUAUAAAGGUAGAAAAACAGAACUGACUUUCACAUGAGCACUGUGGUAGGUGCACCAACAUACACAAAUGUCACACACAUACAAUAAUAAUUAUUUUAAACAAAAACGACUAAGGUCUGAGCCUGGAGAAGUGGCUUAUUGGUUGAGAGCAUACACUGCUCUUGCAAAGGACCUGAGUUUAGUCCCUUCUACCUACAAAGAGCAGCUCACAACUGCCCUUGGCCCCAAGGACCCAGUACCCUUUUUUGGACUCCUUGGGUAUUCACAUGAGAACAAACCCACACACAAAACCACACAUACACACAUAAAUGAAAUAAAAUCUUUAAAAAAUUUUUUUCUGUCAGUGGUGGCACAUAGCUUUGAUCCCAGCACUCAGCUCUUGAGGAGGCGGAGGCAGAGGCAAGAGGAUCUCUUGAGUUCAAGUUUUCUGUGAGCUACACAGAAAAAUCCUGUCUCCAAAAAACAAAAAACAAAACAACAAAAACAAAAUCUCUUGUGGGGGAAAAAAAUGACUGCGAUCUUCCAGAGAUGAAGUCAGACAAGGUGACAAUAAAAAAUGACAGAUACCCACAUGGACCUGUGAGAUGGCAUAGUGACAGUGCAGCUUCAGACAGAGCAGAAGUUUUCGUGUCUUUGAGUCCUUCCUUCCUUCCUGUCACAGCCAUAACCUGGAGGGAUGUCCACACAUGUGGCACUGUAGAACAUCUUGCCCCUAGAAGGAAGGCAGACAUCAACUCCUUUGGUGGUUCCAAUGAAGAGGCGCCUGGGAUGAUCUUGGUGCUCCUAUCUCCUGCUUAGAGUUCUGUUCUCGAAAACUCUGUCAGGUUUUGCUAGGGAAGCAGCUCCCUUCCAUCCAUCCUGCGCUCUGAGCCCUGCCCGUAGACCUAGUGAUGAACCAUGCUGUUUCUUCUCUUAGGGAAUACAGAGCCCUCCAUCAUUAUUAAAGAUGCCCAUACCCUGGCCUACCUUGCUAGAUAUGGAGACUGAAGAGAUGAAAUUAUAAGAAAAAUUGUAUGCUUUGCUAAUUUAACAACACAUUUUUUUGCCCACUGGUUACACAAUCAAACUUCUAGAGAGCCAAGCACUCACUGUCUCCAAUGUUGCCUCUUGUUGGGGAAGCCAGCAAAUUCACAUCUCUUUUUUUCCAUGACUCCUCUCCUCCAGGUCCAUGGGUAUGAGCACACACUCCUGGGGAAAGGGGGCCAUGCUGGGCAUUAGGGAAGGGUAGAUCACUGAGUAGGGCUGUGGCUGACCCUCCUGCGAUCUUGGUGACCUCAGAGCCAUGAGCAUAUGGUAAACAGCAGCACAGAAAAGCUAGACGAUCCACAAAGCACUAUGAGAUCUUUAUUCUUUUUGUUCUGCAUCGUUACUAAGAGAAGAACUUACGUUGUCCUCUUGAGAUAUAUUUCACCAACAUAUAACCCCUAGGUAACAUCCAAAGCAAGGCCAGGCCGGGGUGGUUUUCAUAAGCUUCCUGUAAUGUGCAGGCUUCAGUAAUGGAUGACGAGAGGCAAAGGAUGCAGGACGGUGCCUGGGCGCCUUAAGGUCUUGGUGUCUGCUAAUCGUUGUCUCUUUCGCCACCAUCAUUGUUUCUAACCUGCCAUGCUGGGCUGUGCAGAAGCACAUGUGGUGUGGUGUUUCUUCAGUACAGGUGUCACAGAGAAGCCUUGAUAAGGAUGUGGACUCCAAGCAUUUAACAUUCCACAUGAUAAUAGAAAACUGUAAGGUUCUGUAAAGCUACAGAUUUGGAGACACACGCUACUGUAGGCUGAGGAUGUAGCAUGGCUGGUAGAGUGACUGUCAAGUAUACACAAGGUCCCAGCACUGCAUAGACCAGUCAUAGAGGUACACACCUAUAAUCCCAGCUCAUAGUGAGAUUAAUGCUAGCCUUAUCUACAUGAGACCAUGCCUACAAAAAAGAAAGAAAAAGAAAACUUGUUUUGUCCUCUUGGUACCCAAAAGGUAGAGACAUGCCGUGGCACAGGGGACCGUGCAGAAGGGGGAAGAGCCUUGAAUGUAGUUCCAUGAGCAAAGCCAACUUAGGAUUGUUUGACUCAUUCUAGGGAAUUGAGUUGCUAUGAUAAAACAUCAUGACCAAAAGCAUCUUACAAAGGGAAAGGUUUAUUUUGUCUUUCACCUUGAAGUCCACAAUCCAGGAAAGUCUCAAGACAGGAAUGUGGAGGCAGGAGCUGAUGCAGAGGCCGUGUGGAAACACUGCUUACUGGCUUGCUCUCUAUGGCUUGCUCAGCCUGCUUUCUUCAAGACCACCUACCCAGGGAUGGCACUACCUACAGUAGGCUAGCCUUCUAUAUCAAUCACUAAUCACUAAAGUGCCUACAGACAGGCCGACAAAUGGAGGUGUUUUCUUAAUACAUCUAAGUUUGGGCCAAGUCAACAAAAAAUAACAGCACGCCACAAUAGGUAGGUAGUUUCCAGGAAUAAAGAAAAGAGCUGGGGUGUGUUCAGUUUCCAGGUAGUUUAGGCACUGGCUAGCAGGGAGGGGCAAGGUUUGCAGUUCCCCAGAUAUGAGAGCAUUUAGUAGAGGCCACGCAAACAUAGUCACUCUGUGACUCACACAGCCUGGCCCUCUGAACGCUCCAUCCUCACCUCCACGCAGGGCUUCCAGAUCCUCUCCUGUUUAUCCCACAUUCUCUACUACGCUGCCACAGCCUGUACACUUGUUACCAUGGCAACUGGUCACAGUUCGUCUUUCAAGACAGGAUUUCUCUGUAUAACACUGACUGUCCUGGAACUGACUCUAGACCAGGCUGGCCUUGAACUCAGAAAUCCAGGGUGGCCUCAAACUCAGAAAUCCGCCUGCCUCUGCCUCCCAAGUGCUGGGAUUAAAGGUGUGUGCCACUACGCCAGGCUCAAAAAUAACUUUUAUCAAAGGCUAAAGGAAGAACUUAGCAUUUCCUUAGAGAAGGCUGGAGCUCCCGGCCUGAUCUAAGUGGCUGGGAACACAGCCUCCAAGAGGACACCAGAAGGGCCAGUUGCAGUCAAGCAUCCAACAAAGUCGGGACCCACUCGGAUCAGGACAGGAGGGAAGGAGCGAAGCAUGCCGGUGUGGCUUCAGAGGGCAAGUUUCCUGAAGCCCCAACCAGCUCAGUCUGUGUGUGUUCAUGCACAAGUGUGUGAAGCGCUCAAGGAGAGCAGAAGAGGGUGUGGAUCACAUGGAACUGGAGUCAGGGAUCGUUGUUAACCAUCUUGCAGGUGCUGGGAAUGAAACCUGUAUCCCCUAGAAGAACAGCCAGUACCUUUAACCAAUACAGUAAGAUACCUCUCUAGCCUCAAGGGUGGAAUAAUUUUAAAUGGGAACCAUACCUUCCAGUCUAGCUAGAAGAGGAAAUUAAGGUCCAGUUCCCUCCCAGUGGUCUGCACUCCAGGGCAGAGACAGUUGGGGACUCAGUCUCAGUUCUCCUCCAACAUUUUCACCCACACACAACCUGCAAGAUUGUUCACUCACCUGAAGUUUCUUGAGGGCAUGUGUCCAUAGAGCCAACUGUUAGACUUUCUCCAUGAAUCACGUCCGCUGAUUGUCACCUGCUGUGGCCAGCUUCCUUGGCAUGGGGUAGCCUAUGGUUUCAACUUCCCAAUACUUAGCAAAGUAACACCUGUCCCAUGUCUGUCUUACUCACGGGGCUUUGUCACUAUCCUGUCAAGUCCUUAAAGACGCCAUUGUUCCUCAGCUAAGGCUUUUGCCCCUUUCUGUACCCUUGAAUUUCUGAGUUAAUGUGUCUAUGCAGCACAGCUCCUGGGCUCCCAGACUAUGACAGGGAUGAACAGCCCAACACACUGACUCAUGGCCUUCAUUUCCACUCUGGUUUCCAUGGCAAUAGACAUCAGAUGGCUCAAAACAAGGUGAGGGCCCGAAGGCACCUCAGGCUCCCUAGGCAUUUACAGACCAUAUUCAUGUCUGAUAUCAUUUCUGUAGAAACCAGGAAAGCCCAAUCAAUACUUUAAAUGUUUUCUCUUAUCUAAAGUUUUAAAGUAGUGAAUGGGCUCUUCCCAUUGGCACAGAUAUUUGGGGAUAAUAGUACAGUCUGUGUGUGAAUUAUAUCAUCCUAAAGUAAAUUUUAUUUAUUCUUUGACAAGUCCAUACAUGUAAACAACAUGAUCAAUCUACCCCCAGCUUACCUCCAGGUUCCGUAACAUGUCCUCUUCCUUCCCACAUCAUGUCUGUCUGUCUGUCUGUCUUGUCUUUCUCUCCUUCCCCACUCCUCAAGUGAGUCCAGUUAAAGCUGCCUGCUGGAAUGUUGGCCGACCGUGUUGGCUUGACCGUGUGCAGGUAAUGGCUGUGGUGAGUUUAUGAGCACCAGGGCUGCGUCGUGUGUGGAAGACAUUUUACAGCCUGCCCCCUCAUCCUCUGCCUCUUACAAGUCCCUCCUGCGCUUCCUCUCAGAUGGUCCUUAACCUUAGUGAGGAGUGGAGGAUGAUGAGACGUCUGGUUUAGGGCUCACAGUCACUUACUCUAAUAACUCUGACUUGAGUCUCUGCAUUAGCUGCUGACCACGGCAGAGGGAAGCAUCUCUGGCCAAGGUUGAAGACGGGACUGACAUACAUACUUGGAAGACAGUUUGACAGCAGUAGUAGGUCCCCUGCCCCUCCCCCCCUUCCCCCACUGCCUCUCGAAGGCCUGUGACCUGAAGCAUGGGCUUCUGACCAGUUACUGUAUCAGGCUUGAAUUCCCUCCUAUGCAGCAGGCCUCAGAUCCUACCCAACAAUAUUUGAUGCCCCCCAUCACUUCUGUGCCACUGUUGUGUCAGCGAGCAGUCUUGCCUGACAGGUGGGUACCAUAGCACACAGGGUUCUCCCUUGGGUAAUAAUAGUCUUAGUGACUUUGCCCCAGCAGUUUGCAUGGCGCCUUCUGGCACUAGGGAAGGAAGCAAGCCAGCAAGAGGGAGUUUGGGGGUCAGUUCUAGUUUGGUUCUCUGUCUUGCAACCAAAGGGUAUUGUGAUUUUAGCAGUGGGGUCACACCACCGCAUACUGGUGAGUUGCCAGGAUCAUGGCAAUAGUUCAUGUUUUUGAGGGCGCUCGGCACGCAGAAGUUAUCCCAUCAGCCAGGUUUCCAUUAAUAAACCAUGUCUUCCAGGGUGAAGCCUUGCCCAUCCAUGCAAGGUUUUGAAAUUGUUUUCAAACUCCUUUAUUUGUUUAUAUAUUUUAUGCAUAUGAGGUUUUGCCUGCAUCUACUUAUGCAUACCAUAUCCGUGCAGUAUCAACAGAGGCCAAAAGAUGGUCCCGGGAGUAUAGAUGAUUGUGAACUCUGCAUCAGAGCUAGGAACCAAACCAAGGUGCUCUGCAAGAGUCUUAAGUAGUUAACCACUGAGCACAGCUCCACCCCUUCUUUGCUGGUUGGUUGAUCUCAUUGUCUUAUGUGUACAGGUGCUUUGUCUACAUGUAUGUCUGUGUACCAUAUGCAUGAGUACACAGUGGUACAGAAGUGAUGGGGGGGCAUAUGCAUGAGGUACCCACAGAGCCUAGAAGAAGAUAUCAUAUCCCCGGGACUGAAGUAACAGAUGGUUCAGAGCCACCAUAUAUAUGGGUGCUGGAAAUUGAAACUGGGAUCCUCUGGAAGAGCAGCCAAGCCCUGGUGAGAGCUAAACAAGCUAGGCAGGUACUCUGGGGGGAAAACAACUUAACAGAGAAACCCAUAGGAACGCAGUGUCAAGGGGGAUGGUGCUGUGAGGAGCAAUAGAGAGGGAAGGACAUGGGGAGCCAUGCUGUGGGCAAGGGGAAGAAUGGAUGGCCAGGCAUUCAGUAUUCAGUAGAAUACUGAAGCAGGAGAAUACCAGUGGGUUGCUUUACAGUAGUAAGAGGUGGGGAAAGUGAGGAACAUAGAGCCUGAUUACAUAGUAUCUUGGGAAAAGCAUCAUGGGUGGCAGUUGUUGUUUAAAGGCUUAUCUUUAUUUUUGUGUGAAUGGCUGUUUUAUCUGCUUGCCUGCAUAUAUACCACAUGUAUUCCUGUUGCCCCAAGGGACCAGAGAGAUCGCUAGAUCUCCCAGAACAGCAGUUACAGACAGUUAUGAGCUGUUACGUGGGUGCUGGAAGCCAAGCCCAUAUUCUCCGCAAGAGCAACAAAUACUCUUAACUGACGAGCCAUCUCUACAGCACCGGAAAUCAGCAUUUAUUCUGAAAGAGGAAGGAAGCUGAAAAAUAUCAACUUUACUGAUUUACAAAGAAAGUUAAAACUGCCUGGUGAAGCCGGGCGUGGUGGCACACGCCUUUAAUCCCAGCACUUGGGAGGCAGAGGCAGGCGGAUUUCUGAGUUCGAGGCCAGCCUGGUCUACAAAGUGAGAUCCAGGACAGCCAGGGCUACACAGAGAAACCCUGUCUUGAAAAAACAAAACAAAACUGCCUGGUGAACUUUGAAAUGCAUUAACUGGCUGGGCGGUGAUGGCACAUGCCUUCAUCCCGGUACUCAGGAGGCAGACGCAAGGGAAUCUCUGAGUUCAAGGCCAGUCUGGUCUAUAGAGCAAGUUCCAGCCAGGGCUCCACAGAGAAAUCCUGUCUCAAGGGGCUGAGCUGAGGAGCCAUGGGACCAGGAAUCUUGCCUCCCUGCAAGUCCAGAUUGAGGAAGCCUCUGAGUGGAGCUGGCAUCAUGCAUCAUGGUCUCUGGGGCCCUCCCUGCAUGCGUCCGUGUGUUAGUUUCUCUAAGUGGACCGAUUACUGACUACCACAAACUAGGGCUGUGCUUUCCCAGUGUGUGCCGCAUUUGCCAAGUGACCUGUGUCAGCUGUGGAGCUGUGAGUCUGUGAGUGGCUUGCCUGUCCCUGUGCUCCUCGAACUGCUCAAGAGUCUGUGACUCUUUUCUGCUUGUGACCAUCUUCAGACAGGACAAGGGCCCAUGACUCACUGUCUGAAAGCACUUGCAACUUCCCUUUCAUUUCCUCUUCUGUCCACAUCCUGGCCUAAGCCUGUCUUCACUCUGUUCUGAUUCCCAACCAUCUGCCUUCCCAGCCUGCCGUGCAUAUGGAUCCCAGACCAUCUUCUCAGAGGGAAUGGGCCAUGCAGGCAUGCGAUCACUUACUGCUUAACUGAAGGAACAAUCUGUUUGAAAGUUUUUGAUAACUUUUAUUUAUUUGUAUAGGUAUGUGUAUUUUGUCUUCAUGUAUGUCUAUGCACCAUGUGUACAGUGCACAUGGAGGUCAGAAGAGAAUGUCAUAUCCCCUGGGACUGGAGUUACAGAUGGCUGUGAGCCACCAUGUGGGUUCUGGGAACUGAACCCAGGUCCUGAAGGAGCAGUCAUUGCUCCUGACCACUGAGCCAUCUCUCUUGUACCUCCGUCUGUUUUUAAGAUUUAUUUUUAUUAUUUGUAAUUAUGCAUGUGUAUAGGCACGUGCACAUUAUGUGGGUGCCAGUAGGGAAGUGGGCUUACAGGCAGUCAUGAGCUGCCUGACAUGCGUGCUGGGCAUCAAACUCAGGCCCUCUGACAAAAGCUCUGGAAUGUUCUUCCGUGCUCUUACCCAUGCUGGUAAAUGCUGAGCCAUCCCUCCAGCCCCCGACAGAUCAUUCUAAACUUUGCAGAAAGUACAAAGGCUCAUUCAGUGGACAACUGUGUUUCUGCUCUGUCCUUCUUCCCUGCUGGCCCUUGUCUCCCCAGAAUUAACUGCUUCUGUAACACGGAGGUAUAAACUCUGUAUGAUUCUGUACUUUCAAGAUUUUAAUUUUGUACUAAAUUUAUCUAUUGAUUAUGGGGAGAGGGUGGUACAUAUGCCACAGCAUACAAGUGGAGGUCAGGAGACAACCUGCAGGAAUCACUUGUCUCAUUGCACCAUGUGGGUCUCAGGGAUUGAACUCAGGUCUUUGGCCUUGGCGGCAAGCAUCCCUACCCACUGAGCCUUCUCGCCAGCCCUUAUGAUAUCUUUUGUUUAUUCAUUCAUUCAUUCAUUUCAUUCAUUCAUUCAUUCUGGGUAUAUUAUGUGCCUCUGUGUGUGAGUGUGUGUGUGUGUGUGUGUGUGUGUGUGUGUGUGUGCGCGCACUCUCGCACGCACCACAUGUGUGCCUGGUAACUUUAGAGGUCAGAAGAGGGCACCCAAUUCUCUGAAUUGUUAUGAGCCACCAUAUGACUGCUAACUAGACACUGAAACUGGGUCUUCUUGCAGAAUCAACAGAUGCUUAUAAACACUGAGCCAUUUCUCUAGCCCAGGUCACGACAUCUUUAUAUUCCUUUGUACACCACUGUUUUGUGGUUUGCUGUUUGGUUUGCUAGAGAUGGAGCCCGGAGCCUUGUCCUCUCAAGUGCUCUGCCCUGGAGCUGCACCUUAGCCCUCGUUUACCUUUACAUAUGGCUUGAGCGGUGCAUGUUACUCGCCUGCUUGCUGUUUCCACUCGGCACUUGAAUUCAACCUAGAUUUAUACACCAUGACUUGCUGUGGUAGCCCAUCCAUAUCUGCAAUGUGGUUUUCUGUUGGGAGAAAGGAGCACGGGGGUCUGGGGAGGUCGCUCAGAAGGAAAAGUGCUAUUUCGUGAGCAUGAGGGCCUGAGUUUGAUCCCAAGAAUCCAUGUGAAAAAGCUGAAGGCAGACUAUACACCUAACCCUGCCCCAGGGGGAUGGCUGGAGGAUGACAGGAAGACUCCUGGACUCCCUGCCCAGCCAGUGUAGACUACUUGGCAAGCUGUAGGCCAGUGAGAAGGUGACCCUGUCUCAGAACUCAAGGCAGACAAUGCCUGAGGGAGCACACCUGAAGUUUACCUGUAGCUCAAAUGCACACCAUUACACGUGAAUCUAUGCAGACACUCACACACAUGCAUCAAAAACAACGGUCCAUCAGCUUCUCUUUCUGUUUCCAGGUUUUGCUGUGUGUGUGUGUGUUUGUUUCUGUGUGUACCUGUGUGGUUUGUGUGAUGUGUGUUAUGUGUGUAUGUGUCUGUAUCUCUGUAUAUAUAUGUCUGUUAAUGUGUGUGUGUGUGUGUGUGUGAGUAUAAGUGUAUCUAUUUAUGUGUGGUAUGUGUGAUAUGAUGUGUGUGUCAGUAUAUGUGUAUCUGUCAGGUUGCUAUGUCUGAUGUGUGUGAUGUGUAUGUGUGUGUGUGUGUAUGUGUGUGAUAUCUGGUGUGUGUGAUAUGUAUUUGUGUGAUGUAAUAUAGGUCACAUCUACACAUGAAGUCACUGGCUUGAGUGGUAUGAUAGUUUCAUCCUUACUGGAUCCCGCCACAUUCUCUCUGACAAGGCUGGACUCUACCCUUUGACAUGACUCCUCUAUAAACACUGCUGUGUGCUACUGUACCCAGUAAGCUCUCAAGUUGCUCUCUAUAAGUCAAAGCAACCCAGUGAGACCCUCAUCUGCCCCAUUCUUUCACAUGUAUUAUUAGCUUUGUUUUACAUCUGUAAGGCAGGAGUAGAAAUCAUGAGCGAUCCUUUUAGACAGUGCACCGAUGUGUAGACCAUAAUGUAAACAAUGCUUGUUCCCUUCCCUUCUCUCUUAUUAUAUAUGGUGUCUCCUCCUCCUUCUGGAGCUCUGUAGAGCUCUAAUCUAGAAGGCCCUUUGGGACAGGGUUGAAGCCACAGUUACUGUGGGUUUCCCUUCAUGCUGGUCAGCAGGCUGCAGGCAGGCAGGCGGGAGGGGCAGGGCUCUGGUAUCGGAUCCUCAGCUCUUCUUGUGUUAUAGUUCUUUUUCGGGCCUACGAAGCUGGCUUUCCUUGGCCCUUGGUGGAGGCUACCAUUGUAGCUUCUAGGCAGACCAAGGUAUAAUGAUUUCCCAGCCCUAGGCCAUAUGUAGCCAGUGUUAGAGCUACUGUAUAGGUCUAGGAAACUGGGACCUCUUUACUCUUAACCUGCCAGUGACAAGACUCUUGACCUGGAGUCCAAAGAGCCCUGGCCCUGAAGAUGUGACAGUCCCCUAUAACUUCUCCCUGGCUCUUACAGCCUCUUCUUGUGUUUCAGCUCUUUGUCCUCUGUCAUUUCUCUUGUGCCACCUCGUGCCCCGGACUCCCAACUCGUCACCUGCAGCUGCCUCCCGUCAUAGCUCAGUGUGCUGACCCCUCAUCUGCCAAGGCACCAUUCUGCCCUGUUUGCUGUUAUUCUUGAUGACAGAAGCUGUCACUAAGCCUAAUGUUGCAGUGCCAGUGGAGACAGCACAGGAAUAUGUCCCGGCUAGCUCACUAAGGGAGCCCUAACAGCCUGGCCAGAGCUUGUAUUCAGCACCUUGUGCUAGGCCACUGUAAGGAAGUGUUCCCCUCUGGCCUGGGUGGAAAUAAGUACAGGGUCCUCAGGGUCCUCGAGACUUCUUCUAGCAGCCCAUGGUGGGGGCGGAACAGUGUUUUCACAGGGGUUGCAUAUCAGAUAUUUAUAUCAUGAUUGAUAACAAUAGCAAAAUUCCAGUGGUGAAGAAGCAAAGAAAAUAAUUUUAUGGUUGAGGAUCACAGUAUGAGGAAGUAUUAAAGGGUGGCGGCAUUCGGAAUGUUGAGAACCACUGCUGUAGUACCAGCUGCCUGGACCACCGCUAGCUGAGGCCACGCCUUCAGGAGCUGGGCAGUUCAGUGUGAUCAUCCUGUAGUUUCUUGGAGUAUCUGAGGAGUGACCCAGACAACAGGUACCCGCAUUAGUAAAGUCUGCUUGGCUCUCUAGAUGAUCUGACACCGAGGGAGAAAUUAAUAGCCAUCUAGGGAGUCAUAUUGCCUGUUCUCCACAGUCUUUGCUCUUUACAGGAAAAUAAUAUGUAAGUACUUACAGUAAGCCUGUAAAGAAUUUCUGAUUAUGAUUACCAUGGAAGUGAUUUCCUCCUGCCGGGGGGGGGGGGGGGGGGGGGGGGAAUUGUCUUUCUGUUUGAGGAGCUGAGAUUGAUAAUGCUGCCCCUUACACAUCUGUCUGCACUUUGUGUGGGUUACACGGAGCUGUUCUAAGGCAGGCUCCUUGCCCUCUGACCUCAUGGAAGCUUUUAUGGUAGUCACUUCUGGUCCCGUCGAGCUUCCAAGUUACCCCUGAUUCUGUAUAGUAAAUAUAUUCCUAGAACUCAGUUCUCCUAUGGCAUCAUUAACAGCACCUCCAUAUUUCUUGCCAUUUUUUGCUUAGAAUUCAGUGCGGGAGUUAGGGGGAGGAUAAGCAAUUUGAACCCCUGAAGCAGACUUGAUGUCAGAAAUGUGAGGUUUCUACUGUGGCUGCUUACUAAACCGGUCCAGUUAUCUCACUGGCCACCGUGAGGCUGAAAGCAUUUUUGUAAAUGAGGAAGUUGAUGUAGCAACCAGGCACCACUGUAAGCCCAGGCAUGGGCUCAGGCUCAGAAGACAGCUACUCCCAAGUAGACACAAGGCUCUUUGCACUGGGGACACUGCAGAUCCCAGCUCAGAGCCUGGUCACCUUGGUCCACCCUGCAGACUCUCCCAUGUGGAGGGCUUUCCUGUGUGUUUACAAAGAGUGGGGUUUACGGCUCAGCCUGCUGAAAAGCUGUCUCAAGUUCAGACACUCGUCAAACUCUAAUUCUUUCAGACAGCCAGCACACUAGAGACUCUGACUUGUCUUACGGGAAACCACCUGGGUCCAUUCUGCUGCCUGCACUCUAUCUGGAAGAAUCUGAGUUUUCAAAUGCAUUGAGUGGUCAGCUCAGUUCUGUCUCCAGGCCAGCUGCUUAGAGUCUGCUUUGUCUGCAGUAUUAUGUAUCUAAAGCCUCCAGUUAGGAACCUUAGAGUGUCAUAAGAUCACGGACCGCUACGGAAGCCUCCUCUUAGAGCAUCUAAAUUCAUCUCAGCUCAAGGGAUUUGUUUUUAAGGUAUUUUUAAUUCUUGGAAUAAUUGUUAUCAGUGUACUCCUGUAACCUCAUACAUUCUCCUCCAGAAUAGAAAGGCAGUAACUUUAGUAAAAUUCCUCUAACAAUGGUAUUUAAGACCCACCCUAAAGAAGCAUUUCCUUAUUCAGCACGCCUUUCCUUCCCAAAGUGGAUUUUUAAGCAUUCUCUCUUUCCUGUGGCUUUCAUGAAUCUCUCAGAGACGCUCACCAGGUAACCGGUCCACCUGGAUGCGUCUGGCAGUGAACUCACUCACGUUCCCAGGAAGAAGCCGCAGCCGUGUGAAAGGUUUUACAAGGUUGAUUAAGUGAUUAGACCUUUGUGGUUGUGAAGAGUUGGAAUGUUGCAGAUCCAGAGCAAAAUGAUCUGCUUCUUAGCCUCCUUCAUCGCUAUUCCCUGCCCAUCUGUGUGUCUGGUAUAACAUUAUACCUAACAGGUAAAUUGUGUCGGAAGCUCUAGCCCCUGCCAACCCCCAAGAUAAGAAUGUCACCAGAUAGUGUCUCUGUAACCCAUCUACAUAUAUUUGAAAAAUGCCUUGAUUUAUGACUUUGUUCUGUUUUAUAAGUAUAAAAAUCUCAUACCCAUGUCACAGCAUGAGAUCUGGGACUUGUGAUUGCUUGAGCACUUCACUCUUAUCUCAAAAGUAAAACCCUUAUCCCUCUGAGAUGAGGUCGGUGCUUGCCACCCACAGGACACUGAAGUGUGGCCGCCCGGCACUUGAGUGGCGCCAGCAUCACUCUUCCCUUCUAAAUGCUGAUGAAGCACUGUGGAGCAGCAUGUGGUGAGAGUUGGCAUCCUGUGUGCUCUCACACACCCAAGCCAUCCCUCUCACUGCCUGCCAUACGUGCCUGGUUCAUAAGAUCCACAUUCCAGCUCGUUUCCAUCCACUUGACAGUCAAAAAAAAAAAAAAAAAAAGGAGCGUGUGCUGCUGUCAUCGAAAGCUGUAUCUUGUACGGGCUCUAGGUCUCCGAGCCUGUGGUAGGUUCUUCUGUAGCCUGCAGACUCUGGCUCCUCUGCCACCACUAUCUUCAAGAUCAUGCCAGAACUGUGGUCCACUCUGGGUUUGUUUGCUUGUAAAUGGAAAAGAGAUUUUUUUUCAUACACUAUAUUUCCCUCCCUCUGUUCUCCCCAGCUCCUCCCCACCUCCAUUCCCAUUCCAGAUCCACCCCCUUUCUGUCUUUCCUUAGAAAAUGAGUAUCUGCUGGGCAGCGGUGGCGCACGCCUUUAAUCCCAUCACUCACUCGGGAGGCAGAGGCAGACAGAUUUCUGAGUUUGAGGCCAGCCUGGUCUACAGAGUGAGUUCCAGGACAGCCAGGACUACACAGAGAAACCCUGUCUUGAAAAACCAAAAAAAGAAAAAGAAAGAAAAGAAGAAAGAAAAUGGUUAUCUAAGAAAUAAUAGUAAAAUAAAAUAAAAUGUAACAAAAACAAACAGCACUUGGGAGGCAGAGGCAGGUGGAUUUCUGAGUUUGAGGCCAGCCUGGUCUACAAAGUGAGUUCCAGGACAGCCAGGGCUAUACAGAGAAACCCUGUCUUGAAAAACAAAAACAGAAACAAAACAAACAUCAGAAUAGAAUACAACCAAACAAGAAAAAGCCAGAGAAAAUGCACAUAGAUGCAGAGAUACUCGGGAACACCAUAAACCACAAACUCAGAAGCCACAGCAUCUGCGUAAGGACCUGCCAGGUUACAAACAACAACAAAAAUGUGCUCUGACAUUAUGUGUCGGACAUAAUGAUAGACAAAGAACCCCAAAAUGCCAUUGAGGUCUGUUUGUGUUAGACAAGGGAUCCACCCAUAAGAGCCCUUUGUGUUUCUCCAGUGAGACCCCGGCCCUUAGAGAAAGAAUACUUUUUCUUUUGCAAGUGGCUGUCUACUGGCGAUAGCUUCUGAGUUAGGGAUAGGGACGUGUGUCUGUUUCACAUUUCAGUUCUUGGACUCCACCUGGUCAGUCCCAUGCAGGCCUCAUGCAUGACGCUGCGGUCUCUGUCACUUAACACGGCGUCCGCUUGUUGUGUCUAGAAAGCCUUGUGUCCUUGGCCUCCUCCACCCGCUCUGGCUCCAUGGCUCUUCCCACCUCCUUUUCUGGCAGGGUUCCCUGAGCCCUGAGGGCGAGCAUUUGAUGGAGAUGAGGACGUCCCUUUUCGGGCUGAGUGUACCAAGGUCUUUUGUUCUGUGUAUGGUCAGGGUGUGGGUCUCUGUAUUGUCUCACAUGCUGCAGGGGGCAGCUUCUCUGGGCAGGGCGUGGAUUGUCAUGUGUCUUUCUGGGUCUGAGUCACCUCACUCAGCAUGAACUUUUUUCUCUAGUUCCAUCCACUUACCUUCAGAUUUUAUUUUUCAAUAGCCGAGUAAUGCUCCAUUAUGUAAAUGUACCAUAUUUUCUCUAUUCAUCCCUUGUGGGACAUCUAGGUUGUUUCCAGUUUCUGGCUGUUAUGAAUGAAGCAGCAUGAACAUGGCUGAGCAAGUGUCUCUGUAGUAGGAUGGAGUGUCCUUUGUGUAUAUGCCCAGGAGUGGUAGAGCUGGAUCUCAAGGUAGAUCAAUUCCCAGAUUUCUGAAGAACUGCCACAUUGCAUUCCCACCAGCAGUGGGUGAGAGUCCCCUUACUCCACCUCCUCACCAGCAGGAGAUGCCGGUUUUUUAUUAAUCCUGACUAUUCUGACUGCCGGUCGGUCGGUCGGUGUCAGAUGAAAUCUCAAAGUUUUGAUUUGCAUUUCCCUGAUGGCUAAGGAUGUUGAACUCUUAAGUGUUUUUCAGCCAUUUGAGUUUCCUCUUUUGAGAAUUCUCUGUAUAGAUCCGUACCCCAUUUAUUUAUUUAUUUGGUUGGUUGGUUGGGUUCUGGUUUUUCAAGACAGGGUUUCUCUGUGUAGCUGUGGGUGUCCUGGAAGUUACUCUGUAAACCUGGCUGGCCUUGAACUCACAGAGAUUUGUUUGUGUUUGCCUUCCAAGUACUGGGAUUAAAGGCUUGUGCCACCACUGCCUGGCUAUGCCCCGUUUUUUAAUUGAGUUAUUUGUUUUCUUGGUGUUCAGUUUUUUGAGGUCUUUGUACAUUGUGGAUAUUAGCUCCCUGUGGGAUGUGCAGUUGGUAAAACUCUUUUCCCAUUAUGUAGGCUCAGCUCUGGCAUUGGCAGGCUGCUUUCUAGUGAGUACCACUGGUUCUGCUAAGCCGCGUCCCCCUCUCUGAUGGGCAGGUACUUCUCAGAAGCCCUGCCAGGGACUGCUCUGGAGCUAUACAGUUCCCCCAGCUUUUCGGAAGCAAAGGACUUAAUAAGUAUCCUCAGUUAAUAAGUCAGGGUUUUAAAGGAGGCAGCCAGGUGAUCCCAUUUACCAGAUGUAUAAAUUGAGGCAUCUACAAGAAUCGUGUCUUCCUGAAUUAAAACCUCAACAUGGAACUGCAAACCAAGAACAUUUUGCAUGAACAUUAUGUUCCUAAGAAUACAAAUAGUAUUUGAUUUCAUGUUGUAGUGGAGAAACUGAGGCAGGAAAACCUCUUCUCUGCCUUGUAAAUCAUCCAUGGGCCCCUGGUUCUUUCUCUUAUCUCAUGCUCAUAUCAUUAAGCUACAACUUAAGAUAACUCACCUUGUGUGCAUAUUAGUCACCAAAUGCAGAAACUGGCCUGCUCUAGAAGGUUGGAGAAACUAUCAAUUAGCAAAGUCUAAUUAUAAAACACAGGGCUAGCCGGGCAUGGUGGCGCACACCUUUAAUCCCAGCAAUCGGGAGGCAGAGGCAGGCGGAUUUCUGAGUUCGAGGCCAACCUGGUCUACAAAGUGAGUUCCAGGUCAGCCAGGGCUACACGGAGAAACCCUGUCUCGAAAAAACCAAAAAAAAACAAAAACAAAAACAAAAACAAAAAACACAGGGCUGGGAAUGUAGCUUGGUUGGUGGAAUACUUGUGUAGUGUGCACACAGCCAUGGGUUCAAACCUCAACACCACAUAAGCCAGGCAUGGUAGUGGAUACCUGUGAUCCUAGCACAUCCCUCCAUGGAGGCAAGAGGAUCAAGGCCAGUGUGGACUACUACAUGAAACCUUUCCUUUAAACGGGGCUGGGCGGGGGGAGGCUGGAGAGAUGGCUCAGUGAGAGUGCAUAUUGAUUGCUCUUACAGAGUACCGGAGUUGAAUGUCCAGUUCUCAGUCGGUUCAGUGCAGUUCCCAACCACAAGGAACUCCAGCUCAAGGAGGCGCCACAGGCACCCACACUCUCAUGAACAUAUAGAUGUGUGCAUGCACACAGGCAUGUGCACACAUACACAAAACUCAAGUUUUUAAAGUACUUUCAAUCUUUAAAAAAGCUUUUAACUUGUUCAUUUAAAAAGCCAAAAUUGACUAAAUAUUUAAGUGACCCUUCCUAGCUUGCUUUGCAAUCAUUUGCAGUGAAGGAGUGCUUUUGGCAAGUUUGGGUACAUAUAGGUUGAUUUGCAAGUGAAUGGGUAUUACAUAUGUUCUUGUUGUCCCGGGUAAAGCAAUACUUCUGCAGGUAUUGGCUGAGGUCAGCCCCGGAGUUUCUUUCUCUUUGAAAUGGAAUGUGGACUUUUGUUGUUUCUUAGUGUUUCAUUUUCCCUCUUGGCGGGGAAGUGGUGUGUUACCAAUCCCUCAUGAAACUGUGAUUCACAUGCCCAUUUCCAGCUGGGGCCUCCAAGGCCUGUUCCCUGGAGAGGAGGUGAAAUUGUACCUGGCUCAGAUGCCUGCCCCUCACUAGACCGCAGAGCUCGCUGCCUCGUUCCCAAGGAGCCGUCACUUUCCUGAAACAAUCACGGAAUGUACACAUGCUAUUUGAUCCCUAAGGUGUUGCUAUUUUGGUAAACUCAGCUCCAAGCCAAGCAGCAGCAUAAAUCCUACCCCUCCCAGAGGUGACCUCGGGCUAGGGGCUCAUAGAUAGCAUUACCUUUGGGGAACUCCGAGUGAAAUUUCAGGAUGACAGGUCCUCUGGUGCCUAUACCUGCCCCUGCGGUGAAGAAUGUAUCUGGGCCUGGGCUUAGCUCACAGCAGUGACGAGAACCUGUUUUCUGGGUUGGACAAACAUGGAUUCUCGACCUGUUAGUACACAAAAACAGGAAAGAAAAAAGAAUGAGCCUGUGGAUUCCAAGCUAUAGUCUUGGCUUCCCUUCUUCACUCACUGCCGUGUGGAGCUGUUGCAGAUCCCAGGUCCUUAGGAGACCCAGGCAGUCCCCACUGUACAUCCCCAGAAACAGGCUUUCUGGCAAGGCAGUGUGGACUAAAGUAGAAAAGUCUGGACUGAAAGGACCUGCCCCCUGAAGGCCAGAAACAAGGGGAGAGUCACUGUGAGCUCUGUACUCUCCAGGCCCGAGUUUCCUCCUCCUCAGGCAAACAAGCAGGUUAGAGGACUCCCUAGUGAGUCACAUGAGGUAAGGAACAAAGUGCUAAGGAAAUUUGAGGUGACCUCCUUAAUGGUCCUCAAAUAAAUGGGCAUCCUCUCAGUGCUUUCUCGUGGAAGCUGAUGGGGUGGUAGCCACUCAGCAGCCCACACGUGAUCAAAGCAGUGCUCACGGCUAGAUCUGGAACCUGUCUUGGUGCUCCUUCCAGCCUGCCUGCUCUUCUGCCAGCUCAUCCCUAGCUGACAGUUCUAAUAAUGGCAGACAUCACUGGCUGCGCAGCACACACAGUUCAGGACAAGCGGCCCAGCCUUAGAAUCACGCAUGACCCUCCAUCUGCUUUAGGGGCUGAUUUACCAAGUAAUGUGAUCCAUGGAAGACCAGGAUGCCCCCAGUGUCAGUCACUGACAGAGAGAGAUGUUUUGUGCCCGCAGUGUCAGUCACUGACAGAGAGGAUGGUUUUUGCCUGCAGUGUCAGUCACUGACAGAGAGGAUGGUUUUUGCCCGCAGUGUCAGUCACUGACAGAGAGGUGGUUUUUGCCUGCAGUGUCAGUCACUGACAGAGAGGAUGGUUUGUGCCCGCAGUGUCAGUCACUGACAGAGAGAGGAUGGUUUUUGCCCGCAGUGUCAGUCACUGACAGAGAGGAUGUUUUGUGCCUCCAGUGUCAGUCGCUGACAGAGAGAGGUGGUUUGAAGGAUGGGAAGAUUUGCUUUGGCUUACGGAUUCAGAGUUUCCGUUGCUCUGGGCUGAGGUGCAGCACAAUUGCAUCCCAGUGGGAGGGGAUGGCAGAGGCUGCAUCCCUCACGCCUUCCAAGAAAGAGAGCAAGGAAGGACCAGAGCAAAGCCUCGCCCCAGUCACCUCCUUCCAACUAGGCCCUGCUUUCUAAAGUUCCCAGAGCCUCUCCAAAUACCAUCACCAGCACACAGUUCAGGCCUUCAAUCCAUGAGUGUGUAGGGACCAACAACAACCCAAAAUGGCUUUAAUUGAGCAUAGGGACCCACAUUUUCAGAACAGUGCUUCUUUUUCUUGUUGGAAAGUUGAGGGGAACCAAGUCCAGCUGUUAGGCUGUUGAAUGUAUAAGGAAUCCAUGGCGGAUGGAUUGGUCUCUCUCAGGGAGCAUUGUCACCAGGGGCCCAGAUACCAGGAGGCUCUGCACUCCCCCUCAAGACUACACCACACUGGCUUCCCCUUGCCCUGCUCACUCUCAGAGCCAGCCAGCUCCUUCAUAUGCAGCUGAUGCCGGUCUAAGCUGAUUCAUAGAGCUCUUGGCCAUUUGACUUAUAUGGGAUCAUCUGACGUGGAAGCAGCUCUUGGCAGGAAAUGAAAAGGGGCCCCACACUCACCCUGUUCAUUUGUGAUAUCUUCAGUCAGCCCUUGGUGUCCAGAUUCUGUGAGGAUUCAGCCAAUCAGAAAUACUCAUGGGGAAAAUUUGUAUUUUAUACUGAACACAUAAAGACAAUUUCUUUCCUUAUCCCUAGGCAGUAUAGUUACUGUUUACCAUAUCUCUUACAAUAUUCUUUUGUUAAAAAUUGGUUGGAAGCUAGCCAGGUACAACAAUGUGUACUUGGUAAUCCCAGCUGUGUGGAAGGAUCGCUUGAGCCCAAGGGUUCAAGACUAUCUAUGCUGGGCAACGUGGGAAGAUUCCAGACUCAAACGAAAGGACCAGUAGAAGACUUGUGUAGGUCUGUUUCAGAGUCUCUUCUGAUUUGUUAAUUCUCUCUGUCCCUCUGCCAGCAACACAUUCUGGGGACUACUCUGGCUGUACAGUAACUCUGACAAUCAGAGUCCUCCGCUCAUGUUCUACUUCUUCAAAAUUGUCUUAGCCCAUGGUUCAUCUGCUCUUCCGUUUGCUGGCACUUGAAGAUAUGGCACCUGGCCACCACACCUGCUAAGAAUGAAAUCUUGAUUGAUUUUUUUUUUUGUCUAUUUAUUUGUUUGUUGCUGUGUGAGACAGGGUCUCACUAUAUAGCCCUGAGCGGCCUGGAACUCACUAUGUAUCCCAGUUUUGCCUUGAACUCAUGAAGGAACCAUCUACCUUCCUGCUGGGCAUUUAUUUGAAAGUCAUUAAACAAACUUUAAGAAUUUCAAGGCUCACAGUUACAACUGAACAGACCUUGCCAGAAGGAUAGGCUUGUGCCAUUAUUACUCACUGCUGGCCUCUGACACUACCCUAGCAGUGUAAUAGUAAGUACCUAACUUACUAUUACAUGGGAGUGGCUGCCUCUGUCCCACCUGGUGUCUACUCACUGAGUAGUGGGGAACCUCUGCACUGCCCGACACAGAUAAAAUGCCCUCUGCUUGGCUUUCUCUGAUACACCUCCUAGAGAUACAGGAACUUCAUCAAAGUCUUAGAGGGCAGACACCCUGGAGUCAGAGGCCCUCGCUGGCACGGUUGGACGCACUGGUCCAACAUAAUGUUUCCUAAGGUUUUUCUAAAACAUGUCCGACCUCCUAGUGUCCCCUUUUUUGCCCCUUGCCUAGAGGGAGCAGGCUUCAGAGGAUUUUGUCUUCACCACUGACAUUCCAGUUGCUGGCUUCUUUAGCACCAAGGCUGGCAGGUCUGGAGGUCUCCUGGACUCCUAACUUGUCCACUUUCUCUCCAUUUCCUAGGGUCUUGUGUGCUAUUUUAUGUUGUAUUCAGGGUUUUAGUUGUACUUGACAACAGUCUUGUUGAUGUGGUGUGUGUGUGUGUCCCAGCAGGGGAGUAUCCAUAGCUUCUCCCAGAAAUAAAACCACCUUCUCUUUUUUCUGA